AUGUUGGCCUCUGGGAUGCUCCUGGUGGCUGUGCUGACCUGCUUCAGUGUCAUAAUCAUAACAUCUGAGUGGAGGCAGAGGAAAAUCUUGAGGAAGAUGCCUCAAGGACCUACCCCAUUACCCUUCCUUGGCAACUUUCUGGACACAAAGAAGUUUUAUGAUUCCCUCUUAAAGGAGAAGAACCCCCAAACUCAUUUUCCCAAGAGGAAUCUGUUGAUGACCACACUGAACCUUUUCUUCGUGGGCACAGAGAUGGACAGCACAGCCAUGAGCUUCAACUUCUUGCUCCUCAUGAAGCACCUGCCGUUGCAGACAAAGGUGCAUGAGGAGAUUGACCAGGUGAUUGGCAGGAACCAACAGCCUCAAUAUGAGGAUAGAAUGCAGACACCUUACACCAAGGCUGUGAUCCAUGAGAUCCAGAGAUAUGGAGACAUAAUUCCUCUUGGUGUGGCUUGUAGAACUACCAAGGACAUCAAGUUUUGGGGCAUCCUCAUCCCCAAGGGCACUGAUGUAUUGCCUAUACUGGGCUCUUUGCUGAAAGAUCCCAAGUACUUCUCCAAUCCCAAUGACUUUAACCCUCAGCAGUUUCAGCACAACAGGGGGCAGUUUAAGAAGAGCAAUCCAUUUAUGCUCUUUUCUGUUGGAGAAGGUCUGGUUCCCAUCUAA